GUGAAUGUUCCGAAGAAGACUUCUCGACGAUGGACCAGUUGAGUCUGGGCUCGAAGCAUGCCAUCGUGGACCAGGCCCAAGAGGCUGAGCGAUGAGAGAUUAUGUAGUUGCAGCUGGAUUUCAUUGACCACAAGACAUGCCAGCUAGAAUAGAACUAGAAUAUGGUCAGCGAUGUCUACAUAAGAAUGUUGGAACAGCUGCGAGGCAAACCAGCAGCAGUAGAAGCAGAUCUGCAACACCAGCCUGGAAUCGGUCUACUCACCCAUCAACAACAACGGAAACUCCUCUCCGUAGUGUUAGAAAAACCAAGGAAAAAUGCGUGUGAAUCCGGACGGCUGGUGGUAAUAAAGGAGGAAACGGAAGCGGUGGAAAUGAGGAGGAGGAACCGAAAGUAUAUCGAAGCGUGCCCACCAAACGUGAUUGAGCAAAUAGAGGCUAUUGUGAACAACGGAUCGGUUUCCAUUUCCGGCGCGAGCAAGUGAACUUUGUGACAAAACUGCUUUGGGCGACAAUGUUCGUGACAGACGUGUAUCUGACCUGCUGGAGGUGCUGCUUGUUGAUAAAGGAAAGGAGAAGAGUCGAGGAAGAAGAAUAAUUUUACAAUAAAAAGUCAAUGAGUUCUGCGUUAUUUAUUUCCACAA